UCGCGCUGGACUUUAAUGGCGCUUCCUGUCUUUUACGCUUUUGAAGUCGUACAGCGAACAUCUUUUUAACGGAGAAAUGGGCUUUCAAAAUAUUUGGUACUCGCAUCCGCGAAAAUAUGGACAAGGAUCUAGGUCUUGUCGUGCUUGCGCAAACAGGCAUGGAUUGAUUCGCAAAUAUGGUUUAAAUAUUUGUCGACAAUGCUUCAGAGAAUAUGCUGCUGAUAUUGGUUUCAAGAAGCUGGAUUGAUGGAGAUACAUUAUAACUACAGUUCCCCUCCCCC